UGUUUCCGCAUUCUGCAAAUAGCUGGCAGCAGAAGCGCCACUUGCGAGAGGGGGACUGUUGCGUCUGAGGAAACUACUCGAGGGAAGAGGGGUGAGAAGCUCCGUGGGAGGCAUGCCUUACAUAUUGGUCAGCACGCAGAUCAGACUGGAGAACGGCCCGACCAAUGUGGGAGAUGAGUAUUCUGAUCCAGAUGUCAUGAAUUACUUGGGAGCAAGGAAAACAACCAUGCUGGGAAAUAAUUUUGAUCCCUCACUUAUCGCCGUUAAUGGGGACCGGGACCUAGUGAAGAACCACAAAGGAGGGUUUGCCUCCCUAGGAAUUUUUGUUUCCGAGUACCAUGUGGACGAGCCUCCCCGCCUGGUGCUGGACAAGUUGGAGAAGAUCGGCUACCGCAUGCUAACCAUGACGGGGGUGGGGCAGACGCUUGUGUGGUGCCUUCACAAGGAGCCCGAGUGAUGUGAAGACAGGUGGACAUGGAAACAUGCCAAGAACUUGAUUUUUCUGUUUGUUUGCUUGCUUGUUUUCACUGUGACAUUCUCAGCGCUGCCAAAUUACCUCGCCCUCCAUCUCCCAUAGUCUUUGCCCUCGUUUCGAAUCGUGGGUGUGCUGCAGGCUAUCCGAGCUAACUCCUGGCGCGUGGUGGGAUACGCCCAUAACUGAUCGCCAGCCAAUCGUAUGCUGACAAUUUCAGAAAAGCGAAAUACAUGUAUGAUCCCGUACAGCUGAUUUCUUCCUUUCCUUUGAUUUCACUUACUAAUGAUGACCAAAUGUACAUUUAGGGAGUGUCAGCUAGUUUGACUUCCUAUGGGUAUUUACAGUAAAUACAAACCACCAGUGCAAACAUGUGAAACACUGUGCUUAAUAAGUUUAGAUUGACAGUAAUGUUGACAAAGGCAUUCCACAAGUGUCACUAUGAUUAAAUACUUAAAUGUG